AUGGCGGAAUGUGUUCGGCUGGGGAGCAACACAAGUGGUCAUACCAUGGAUAAAAGCAUUAUUCUGCCACCCGACGAAAUAUUCCGCAACUUGGAGAACGCAAAGCGCUUCGCGAUAGACAUAGGGGGAUCUCUAACAAAGCUUGCCUACUACUCAACUGUCCAACACAAGGUGGCCAAAGUGCGAUCUUUCGACCACUCUACAAAGGAGGCCUCCAGUGACAAGCUCUAUGAAAUAUCCGUGCAGGAAGAGGUCACUGCACGCCUGCACUUUAUCAAGUUUGAAAAUGCUUACAUCGAAACAUGCCUGGACUUCAUCAAAGACCACCUGGUCAACACGGACACCAAAGUUAUCAAAGCCACAGGUGGAGGGGCGCACAAGUUCAAAGAGCUCAUCGAGAGGAAACUCGGACUCAAAGUGGACAAAGAGGAUGAGAUGACCUGCCUCAUCAAGGGCUGUAACUUUGUGCUGAGGAACAUACCCCACGAGGCUUUCGUGUAUGCCAAGCACGCCGACUCAGAGUUCCGCUUUCAGACGACUCAACCUGACAUCUUCCCCUACCUGCUCAUAAACAUCGGCUCUGGGGUGUCCAUAGUCAAGGUUGAAUCAGAGGACAAAUUUGAGCGAAUAGGAGGAAGCUCAAUAGGCGGAGGGACGUUCUGGGGCCUCGGAGCCUUGCUUACCAAAACAAAGAGAUUUGACGAGUUGCUACAGUUGGCGUCAAAAGGGCAGCACACGAGUGUGGACAUGCUCGUCAAAGAUAUCUACGGAGGAUCUUACGGGUCUUUGGGACUGACUGGAGAUCUUAUUGCGAGCAGUUUUGGAAAGUCUGCUACUGCCGACAAAGAGUUUUCUAAAGAAGACAUGGCCAAGAGCUUACUCCACAUGAUAAGCAAUGACAUCGGGCAGCUGGCCUGUCUGUAUGCCAAACUCCACAACCUGUCCAGAGUUUACUUUGGAGGCUUCUUCAUCAGAGGACACCCCGUCACCAUGCACACCAUCACCUACAGCAUCAACUUCUUCACCAAGGGUGAAGUUCAGGCCUUGUUCCUGAGACAUGAAGGCUAUCUCGGAGCCAUUGGAGCAUUUCUUAAAGGAGCAGAGGAGGACAAUCCAAACCAGUACAGCUGGGGUGAGAAUUACGCGGGAAGCUCCGGCCUGAUGAGCGUCUCUCCAGAUAUGAAUCCCAUGCAACGUGCGCGCAGUGGAACGUUUCCCUUUGACAUGUUGGAGAUGGACCGUCUGGAGAGGAAGCUGGUGAAUCUGCCUCUGCUGCAGGACGCUUCGUCUUACAUCCCCGACACUGUGGACCUCACAGAGGACGCUCUGGCCCGUGAAUACUGGCUCUAUUGCUUCGAAGAGGCCCUAGACGGGGUGGUUAAGAGAGCUGUAGCGAGCCAGCCCGACAUGCCGGAGGCAGCCGAGCGAGCCGAGAAGUUCCGUCAGAAGUACAGACACAAGCUUCAGACCCUCCGCCACCAGCCUUUUGCUUAUGGAUCCCUCACUGUCAGAAGUCUGUUAGACACAAGGGAACACUGUUUAAACGAGUUCAACUUUCCUGAUCCCUACUCUAAGAUCAAACAGAGGGAGAAUGACAUGGCUCUCAAGUACUACCAGAAGGCGGUGAAGUCCCUGGAGGAGUUGAGCUGGGAGGAGAGACAGUUCGCCCUGGUCAGGGGCGUCCUGGCUGGGAAUGUCUUCGACUGGGGAGCCAAGGCUGUGUCAGAUGUCCUUGAAUCUGAUCCUGAGUUUGGGUUUGAGCAUGCUAAACGACAGCUGGAAGAGCGGCCGUGGCUUGUUGAUUCCUACAACCAGUGGUUCGAGAGACUAAAGGGUCCUCCUCAUAAGUGUGCCUUGUUUUUCGUAGAUAAUAGUGGAGUAGACAUCAUUCUAGGCGUGAUGCCUUUUGUCAGAGAGCUUCUCUCUCGAGGAACAGAGGUUGUGUUGGCCAGCAACUCUGGUCCGGCUUUGAAUGAUGUAACAAACGGUGAACUGCAGAUAUUGACCGAAAGCAUUGCUGCUAUGGAUCCAGUGAUUCAGGCUGGUCUGAGGGACGACAGGCUGACGCUGGUACAGAGUGGUUCCAGUUCACCCUGUCUGGAUCUGAGCCGUCUGGACAAAGUGCUGGCGAUGGUGGUCCGGGAGAGAAAGACCGACCUGGUGAUCAUCGAGGGAAUGGGCCGAGCCAUCCACACCAACUACUACGCCAUGCUCAGUUGCGAGAGCCUCAAGAUGGCCGUCAUCAAGAACUCAUGGCUGGCCGACCGGCUGGGAGGAAAGCUGUUCAGCGUAGUCUUUAAAUACGAGGUACCGGCUACUUGCCAUGACCCUAAAGCACUGACGCCCUCCUGAGUGCGACAGAGCUCGCAUUUGAGCAGGACAGAACGCCCAAGUCGAGCAACCAGGAACGGAUUAGCUCUGAAUGUACGGAUGAUGGUCGUAUACUGCCACUAAGUGAACGACUGAUUGCAAAAAGCUGAUUGUAAAAUAGAGGCGAGUUUUAAAGGCGAUGAUUGGCAGGGAGGUUUUACAUUUUAUUUUGAAACAUUGUUGAUUUUAGUGCUGGUUCAUCAACACGAAUGCUUUUCUCGCAGGUCUCUGUUCAGUAUCAUGUACAAUCACUUAGUUUGCUGCCAUCGUUGCUGCCUGUUGAUCUCAUUCAGCAUCCAGAGUGUGUUGAAUGUGAAGUCAUCACUGGCUGGUUAACUUUAACAGACUGUUAUGACAGAUGAGAUCUUCAGCUUGUAGAGGAAUCAAUGACAAACAUUGAUUAAUUAAUUUUGCAUCAGUCACUGACAUGCUGCCAACAUGCGACACUGCGCACCCAUAUGGGCGAAUUCGUCGGCUGGCAUGUGUGUUAGAGAGAGAGAAAGAGCCGCAGGAGUAAUGUGAGCUUUCAGCGGUAACACUUUUUACAUAAAGUGUUUUUAAUGUGCCUUGAGGCCAACGUGAUAAAAGCACCACUCACUCAGAUUUGCUUUUAGUUCCUGUUGAAACACAUCAGAAAUAUCUUUUGUUUCCCAGCUGUCUCACGCCAUAGAUCAGCAAGAUUCUCUUUUCCAUUACUGCCAGUAAAUUAACUCAGAUUAAGACAUGAAUCAUUGUCACUUGUGUAGCUGUUAAGGCGGCAUCAGGGAAAUUGUUUGACCAGCGGGAGAGGCUGCAAAGAGAUUAGGUUGUGUUCCUCCACAAGGUGGCAGUAUUCUACUGUGACGUGUGCUUUUUAAAUGAGCUCUCAAAUCUUUACCAAGGUGCUUGGUGUCAAAAUUAACACUGCAUAUUUCAGGUUAAACAUUCUGUCUCCAAUCAAAGCAUCACAUUUUAUCACUGCAGCUGACCAGGGAUUGACAGCAAUUAACCGGCAUGUUCAAGUACAAACUGUAAUCAUCCAUCCCUGAAAUAAAAAAUAAUAAUGCACUUGUUUGAAGGCAAUAAUGCUGCAACACCUCGUUGUAACAAACAUCAGACACUGUGUGAUCGUGAAGUGGCUCACUUCAUCGUAAAUAUCCGAAUUCAAGGCAGGAUCUGAUUCUAAUCUGCCUCGGCGUGAAAAUGUCUCCCAGAAGUUACUUGACAUGCGGACUCACAUUUCAAUAUUGUAUUUGUCAUCUGUACAUAUAUGUGAUAUUUGCAUCACUUCAGCUAAGCACACCAAGCACAGGUUUUGUGUAUUAUUCUCCUGACAAUCGAUUUUAAUUAAAUGGUGAAAACCUUUUAUUUUAUUCCUUUUA